UGUACUAUCCCCUCAUGGCGGCGGCAGUGACUUGGGCGCGGCGAGCCCGAGACUGAAGUGCGAGCCUGGCGGGCGUGCGCCGAGCCUGGCCCGGCCCGGCCUCCGCGUGCCCUCCGGGCUCUUCACCCCUGAUGCUGCACUGGUACUGAGCUCACCCAGGCCGGGACGAUGGUGAAGUAUUUCCUGGGCCAGAGCGUGCUCCGAAGUUCUUGGGACCAAGUGUUCGCUGCCUUUUGGCAGCGGUACCCGAAUCCCUACAGCAAACAUGUCUUGACGGAAGACAUAGUACACCGGGAGGUGACUCCUGACCAGAAGCUCCUGUCCCGGAGACUCCUGACCAAGACCAAUAGGAUGCCCCGCUGGGCAGAGCGAUUGUUUCCUGCCAACGUUGCUCACUCGGUGUACAUCCUGGAGGACUCUAUAGUGGACCCACAGAAUCAAACCAUGACCACCUUCACCUGGAACAUCAACCACGCCCGGCUGAUGGUGGUGGAGGAACGAUGUGUUUACUGUGUGAACUCCGACAACAGUGGCUGGACCGAAAUCCGCCGGGAAGCCUGGGUCUCCUCUAGCUUAUUUGGCGUCUCCAGAGCUGUCCAGGAAUUUGGCCUUGCCCGGUUCAAAAGUAAUGUGACCAAGACCAUGAAGGGUUUUGAAUACAUUCUGGCCAAGCUGCAAGGCGAGGCCCCUUCCAAAACUCUUGUGGAGACAGCCAAGGAAGCCAAGGAGAAGGCAAAGGAGACAGCACUGGCAGCUACAGAGAAAGCCAAGGACCUCGCCAACAAGGCUGCCACGAAGCAGCAGCAGCAGCAGCAGCAGUUCGUGUAGCUGGUGUGGGCCCCGCCACCAGCACCACCACAGGUCACCAGCCAGCAUGGCGCUGCUCCCUCUGCCAUCUCCCCACUGUACUUUAUUAUUAAAAAUCAACUUGCAGCCCUCUGUGCGGUCUGGGUGGUGGGUUGGGCAGGUAGCCUGUCACUUCUGCAGUACACCACAGUAUCCUCGUCUGAGCCCAUCCUGCUUAUUCCCCCACUGGGCACUGACAACAGGUGCAGAGAUUUGCCCAGGGUCACUGGCAGGUGCAGGGCUCUUUGUUCUGCGUGACUCAAGUACCUGGAACAAUACCUAGCACAUAACAGGCGCUCAAUAAAUAUCUGUUGACUUCAUUCA